AUGGCAGGUGAGGAUAUGCACAUGGUAGAGGUGGUUUCAAAUGACUUUAAAAUGAAAGAAACGAAUAAAAUGAAUUGUACAAUUUUGGAUUAUUUUAAUAAACUCAGAAGUGAAGUCGAGUCUGAAAGGGCAGUUGGUGGAAUUGAACUAUUGAAGUAUUUACUUGGACAAGCCUCAGAACAGAAUGAUAGUAAGGAGUUUAAAUAUGCAAUAAAAAGACUUAUUCAAGGUUUAGGUUCAUCAAAAACAUCUUCUCGGGUAGGGUUUUACACUACUUUGACAGUAUUUUUAGUAAUGUAUUCAAAAGUGUCAAUAGAAGAAUUUUUAUCCAUAGUUGAUAAUGAAUUGCAUCCAGUAAAUAGUAAUAGUAAAGGUGAAAAUGCUGAUAUUUAUAUGGGACGUAUAUUAGCAUAUGGUGCAUUAAUACGAUCUAAAAUGCUUUCUAAAAGUACUGUUGAUAUACAAAUGCAAAUUGUACAAGAACUCAUUAAUAGGGGGAAGCAACGUAGUUAUUUAUCAUUUCCUUCUACUUCGUUUCUUAUUGAAUUUGUAAAUCAAAUUCAUGCUGAUGAUAUUAAAAAAGUGGUUUGGCCAAUUGUUGAAAAAGAAUUUGGUAAGCCAUGGACAGAGCAAACUAUAGAUACAUUUUAUACCUUAUUGUCAAUAAAAGGUAAAUGCCCACCACUUGUAAAUCAUGAAUUUUCAAAAAAGCAUUUUGGUACAGAAGAUAUUAUUACCAAAGAGUCUAUGAGCAAUAUAACGAAAGUGCUAAUGGAUUUGCCUAAAGUUAUAUUGUGUCACCAUCCAGUGUAUAAAUUGUUUUGUGAAAACCUAACAUCAGCUGAGCUUGUUACUGAUUUUUGGUCAUGUGUAGACCAGAAAUUUACAAAACCAACCAAAAUCGAUGAAUAUAUGGCUGUAAUAAUUCUUAAAUUAAUAUUAUCAAAUAGUAUGGAUAAAUCUGUACUUCCAUCAUUGUUAUCUCCAAACUAUAUGCAACAUAUGUUAAAAAAGUUUUCUGGUUCUAAAAGGCAUAAUAAAGAUGAAAUACUUUUUAAAUUCAAGGAGGUUUUACAUCUGUUAGUGUCAGCUACAAAUAGUAAUGAUACUAACUCAAAAACACAAUAUGCUGUAUUAAAGAAAUUAAUAUUAUAUCCGGGUGAUUUAAUGAUAGAAAAAAAGACAGGUAUAAAAGUAAUUCAAAUAAUUACAGGAAAUUUAAAUUUAGAUAGUAUUAAAAAGGUGUCAAAACUGUACAGAGAUAUUAUAGAAAAUAAAAUGCCUAAGGAAAAAUCGAAUAUGAACACAGAAUCAUUUUGGACAAAUGCUGAGAGAAUUUAUGCUGCACACUUAUUAACAAGAUUAAUGGGACACAGUGCUACUUUUGUUGACCAAAAAUGGAGAUUAAGCCAAUUAAAAUUCCUAUUUACUCAUGGAUUAUGUGAAAUGUCAAAUGUUGGAGUAGAUCUCGCUCCGCAACUUAAAGAAACAUUUUAUCAUGCACUGGAUCACAAGUUACCAAAGUUGAAAGAUCUACGAAAUAUAUUGAGUGAAUUAGUUCAUUAUUUAAAUAUUCAUUUAAAAAAUAAAACAUUAAAAUUAAGAAAUCCAUUAACAAAUGAAGCAAACAUAGCUUGGGAAAAAGUGAUAUGUUUAAUUAAAAAAUUAGAGAAUAAUUCGAAAAAGGCAGAAGCUGUGCCAGUAUUUCAUACAAUGAAUUUACAUAUGGGUUUACAAUUAUUUUCCGACCCACGACUGGCAAUUAUGGCUAUCACUGAACUUGAAAGCUGUUACGAAAGGCUAUUAAAAAAAUCUAAAAAAUAUAAAGGGGGAAGUGACAAAGACGACGAAGAUGAGCCCGAAUGGGUGGAAGUAGUGGUUGAUUUAUUGUUGUCCUUUUAUUCUAGAAAUGAUCAUUUGCUGAGAUCGUUAGUAGGAUGUGUGUUUCCACAUAUUUAUCCAUAUAUAACACCGGCAGCUAUACAUAAAAUUUUAGAAGUCUUGGAUGUAAGAAAUGAAAAAAAACUGUUUGUAGCGAAAGACGAUCUUGACGAAGAAUCAUCAGGCACAGAAUCAAAUUUUGAUAGUGAAGAUGAAGAAGAAACUAGUAAUGACGGAACGGAAAGUUCGUCAGAUGACAAUGACUCCGAUUCGAAUGAGGAAUCAUUGAAUGAAGACGAAAACGAAACAGUAACUGACCGAUUACGAAUGGCGGUACGUCAAGCAUUAGGUGAUGCUUCCGUUCAAACUGAGGAUGAAGAUAUAGAUGUGGACGAAAUUAAUGAAGAAGAUGGGAAACGAUUAGAUGAAUCAUUAUCAGCGGUAUUUAGAAAUCUUCGCGAAAAUCGUCAGACGCGAUCUAAAAAACAAGAAAAGUACGCGCAAGCUCUAACACACUUCAGAAUUCGGGUCAUAGAUUUAUUAGAAACAUAUUUAGAAUGUGGUCCAUCGAUGGCAGUUGUACUUGAUAUGCUGCUUCCUCUUUUUGCAUUAUUGGAAUAUUGCAUAAAAGAUCCACAUCAAAAACCUCUUCAAGAUCGAAUUCGAUCUUGCUUAAAAAAACUAGCGGCGGUGAAAAAAUUUAAGGAUACGGAAAAUAUCGACGAAGAUGUAUUAAUAACUAUAUUAAAGGCUUUAAUAGAAAAAGGAGAACGAACUACGUCAGUUUACCAAGAAAUGAGUGAUAAAUUAGCAGAAUGUUGUAUAUUUCUUGUGAGGUGUGCACAACAAGUGGAUAUAUCGACUGAUUCCAUAGUAAACAUUUAUGUAGAAAAUUUAACCGCUUUCUUUACAAGAAGAGAUUGUGUAUUACCACCUAUGUUAUUCAAAAGUAUAUUACAAUUACAUUGGGAGGGUAACUGGCAACUAGCCCCCUUACUGGUGAAUUUUGCUUUUGACAAUACUGUCAGAUCUUUUCGUCGAGGACAUGCACUUGAUCUCUUAACAACUUUUUAUAACAAUGGUCGCUUGGUUCGUUUGGAUACAAAGCACAGUGGCAUAAGAAUGAAGAUGGAAAAGAAGUUGUGUAAAAAUGUCAUAAGCACGCUUCAAGAAUUAUCUAAUGCACAUAAAGCUGAAAAUGAACAACCUAUUUUAAAAAAUGGCAAUGAAAUAGGUAAAGAAGUUAAACAAAGGUAUGUUUACCUUCUUUUGUCAUUGUUGCGAAAUGUUUAUACUCAGCACUUGCCAAAAGCGUGGGAUUGGGAAGCUGUUGGAAAUGCACUUACGACAUAUAGAACUCAUGCCUCACUUGCAAAAUGUACGAAAGUGGCGUGUACUAGAUUAGCUGCACAGAUUGGAAUAUCAUUUAAUAUAUCAAAGAAAAAAGAUAGAAACGAGCGAACUUCCAAAAUAAAUGGAGAAACGAUAAAUACAAUAAAUGACAUAGAAAAGUCUGACAUUGUACAAGAGAAUGGAAAUAGUCAUAGUGAUACAGAUACAGAUACUCCUACAUUAACGAAAAGUGAAUUGAAGAAAAAGAAGAAAAACAAAAGCAAAAAUGGGAAAGAUAAACAGUUAUUAAAGAAGGAAGCACGGACCUUACGUGAAAAAGCAAUGUCUGAAGGUUUUGAAUCAUUUAAUUUUAGUUCUUUUAGUUUACAUGACAAAAAUAAUGAAAGUGAACCACUUCAGAAUGGAAAUUCACAAAACGAACGAUUUAGUUCUAAUUCUUCACAAAAAAGGAUGCUCAAACAUACGUCGGAUGGCAACAAAUCGAAAAGAAGAAAACACCUGGAAACUGCUUGAUACAUAUAAUAGAUUCUUCGGAAUUAACCGGGUCGUAAAUAAUUGUUAUUUUUGUACAUGCAUUUAUAAAAAUAUGUAUCACAAAGUUUGUACAGCUUUGAAAUAUAUAAGUCAUUAACAU